CAGGAUGUUUUCACUAUCGCAACGAGCAUCGAUGCCCGCGCCAUGCAAAUCACCUCCAAUGCCGAGUUCCAUUCGUUCUUGGACAUGAGGGCGGAAUUCACAUGGAUUUCUUUCAAGAUCACGCCCAAACAUUGGGCUGUAGCUACACACUCUUACAACAACCACCUAGAGGAGAAGAACCGCGCUGAUGGGCAUGAAACGGUGAGGAAGAACCUCCAAGCCCUUCUCCGAAAGCUCGGCGAGGUCGAAGUGGUCAUGAUGAAUCGCAUCGCAAAGAACAACUUU